AUGCGUAUUCCAACUCUGAGUCGUUUCUUGCUCUUUUAUGCCCCGUUGACAGCAUUUGGGAAGGCUGUUCAUGCUCUGUCUCGGGUUGGAGAGGAUCUAUGGCUUGACCCAUUAGAAAAAGGACUUGCAGUGAGGUCAGUGAAUUCCUCCAGGUCUGCAUAUGCCUGCUUCCUGUUCUCUCCGCUGUUCUUUCAGCACUACAGCAAGGAGACGACCCAGCAGCCCCUGGAGCAGGGAGAUGUAGAGCCAGUGCUCAAGUGCAAGUUGACAAUGAAGUCAGUUCUGCCUAUCUUCAGGUGCCUGGCAACUAUUGAAAGAAACGUAGAAAGAUGCAAAAUAUAUAUUAACGUCAGGGAUAGCCAUGUCGUUUUCCAGUUCUCCUGCAGACAUGGAAUUACCAAAACCCAUAACCUAGGGUUUCAGGAAUGCGAGUCCCUUCAAGCGGUGUUUCCUAGAAACAUGUGCCCCAAUGUGUUGAAGGCACAGGCAAGACUUCUAGGGGACGUAGUGAUACACUUUCCAGUGUUUCAGGAGGAAAUCACCCUUGCAGUGACUCCAGUAAAAGUCAGCUUCAGGAAUUACUUUGAGGAGGAAACAGACUUAACCAAGGUGAUGCACACAGAAAUUAGUCUGAACCCAGACGAAUUUGACUACUACCAAGUCGGAGUGGAUUCAGAAAUAAUCUUCUGCCUGAAGGAGCUGAGGGGUUUGCUGUCCUUCGCAGAGUCCACUGGCCUGGCUGUGUCCAUCCACUUUGGAUCAUCAGGAAAACCUGUCGCUUUCAUUAUUGAUGACAUGGUUCUGGAGGCUAACUUUGUCCUGGCCACACUGACUGAUACAGAGAGCCGAGCAGCGUCUCAGAGAACCGUGUCUGUAUCCCAGACAGGAGCACCCACACAGAGGUACCGUCCCUGCAGUCUUAUCACUUGUAUUGUCACUAGCAGCAGUAAAACAUACCAGAAGUGGAGUUUUACCUCUAACAGUCCUGGUCACCUGGCUGCACUGCUCUGUUUGUCUUGCAGGUCUCUCGCUGUCACGACUCAGCCCCCUGUGCCCCUCGCUGGUGAAAUGGAGCUGGCUGAACUGGCACGCACAGGGCACGAGGGCAGCAUUGCCAUGAAGACCAGCAUCCCUGAGUUGCCGCUGGCCCUGGAUAGAGAAGCAGAGCUGGUAAUCUCAAGCCAGGGCAGUGCUAUUUUCAAUGGGAAAGCCACAAGGGAAAACGUAAUCGUCUGUCACUGGUCUGAGUAUGGUGUUGGAGUGCACAUGGAUCAGAUACAGGAGGAGGCUGUGGGGGUGGUACCGGCUACAGUAGGUCAUAACAAGUUCCACUCGCUGCUGUUCGGCGCGGUCUCCUCUCAGCAGAGUGGAGAGAAUGCCCUGGUGCUGCCCAGCCUGGUGUGUGCCAGUGACAAUGAGGAGGAGCUGGAGGAAGGAGAGAAGAUCACCGGCAAGCACUCCCUGACUUUCUGACCAUUUUUAGGUUUUUUCAGUUUUAGGUGUAAGGACACACCACACUUAUUUUUUUAUGGUUUGCAUUUUAUUAAUGGUAUUUAUUUAGAAAAUAAUAUGUAUUGUGCACGUCGCAAUGUUACACAGGGUGCACAAAGACAGCGUCUCACAUUAGUAUUUGCAUUCUUAUAGUGAUGUAUAAUAUUCAGUCACUUCUGUUUUCUCGUUGUAUCCUUAACAGUUCUUUUUGCACACUGUGUUAAAUAAAAUACAUACAUUAAAAUGUCAGCAGCAUCCUUAAAGAACAUAAUGUGAAUAGUGGUUGUGUGCAAUACAGCUACACCAUCGAGGUCUUGAAUAAUGCAUUUCAAGCACAACAGGAAUAAUAAGAUAACCCUUUUAAUUAUAUUAACUUUAAUUGCCAUGGAGUACCAGGUUAAAGUUGUGGGUCUCUAUAUAUAAAAAUAAAGAAGAACCUGUGAAAGGUAUUGUACUUGAGGAUAUUAGAUGCAAAUAAACAUCAAAACAAGAUCCAUCAAGACAGACUAGUAUAAAUACUAUAUUCUUUAUUUAAAUAUUGUACAGCUCUUAAAACAUAUGUACAGAAACUAUUCCUGCAUUAUUGUAUUGUACACAGCAAAUGCCUCCACAGCAAGCGAGCGAUAGAGAACAAGUAAGAAAGUUCAAAUCUGGACCUGAAAGCAGAAGCACCUUCAAGAGUAGAAUUUGAUAACAUUCUGGUUUUCGAGAUUGGGCAAGCUAGCUUUGCAAGGCCUUAAACAGAUGGAACAGCAGACGAACAUGGGGUGUGUUUGAAAUGCCAACUCUUUCCUACACCUCCACUUCAUACCUGAUUCAAUUAGCUUGCCUUCACACAUACACCACAGACACAUGACAUACUUUUUAUUAUUAUUUGUUUAACAUUGAGAACAGUUUAUUCAAUUGUGGUGCACAUACUUUUCUACUGUCUCUGGUUUACCACUGAAAGGUUAAUUGAACUGAAAACAAAAUAGGAAAGCAUUUGCUCUCCAGCCAGGAUUAAAUAACUUCAAAAUAUUUGUUGUGUUACCUUACCAAAGACAAGAUCACAAGAAUGUUAAAUCAAGGAGUUCCACAGUCUACAACAGCAAGUUCCAAACUUGCUAAAAAUACAGCUCGUUUUACAUAGGGACUCAGUUUGACUAAUGAAUAAAAGCAGUUACCUUGAAAAUAAACCACCAAGUUUGACAUUGGGAGUGCUUCUGAAGCUUAUUAAAACAGCACUAGAGACCAAACCAAGUCAACGCAAACUCAGGAUCAGAACAGGGUGCGUCCACUAUGUCACGUCUAGGCAUUUGGACUGAUCCCCUUUUGGCAGGUCUCGUAUCCUGUCUGGCUUCCAAAUUGAUACUAUAUCCUAUAAUUGAGAUCUGUAUUGAGACACUACACUUAAAAUGCACAGAGCACAAUAUUUAUGACAAAGCAAAAUACUGAAAAUCUAAACCAAAUUCACAUUUUGCAUGUGUAAUUUUAUACAUAAGGUUUACAAAUUCAGAACUUUCAGUGGACAACUUCGAUAUCACAGUUCUCAUCGCGAUGAAGCAACAAUCACAACACUACCUUUGUUUACAGUAAAUCCAUUAACUACAGUAUCCUUAUGAACAUGGUCAGGAGGCCCCUGGGCCUUUCUUUAAAUAUCUGUGCACAUACAGCCUUACAGGAGGAAACACACAACUGCUAGAUAUGUUCGGAGCGCAGGCAACCUGAAAAAUACACAUGUACAGACAUCAGGUGAGGGAGAAAAAGCACAGCAAAAACAGACAGUUUGUUAUAUUACAGUAUUGCUUUCUAAACACACACAACACACACCACUGACAAAACACAUGGGAAAAACUGGUCUUUGGUGCACCUGCUAGGAAAAUAAAUGAAGAGAGAAAGUCUCUGCCUAUCACCCAGCAUCCGAGGAGUUUCACUUUACGACACUGCUUGUCUUAAUGCCAGUCACUUAGUCAAGAUGCUUAUAAACAGAAGGGAGACAAUAUUUAGAUCUGUCACUGUAUUAAAUCAGAAUAGACCCAAAUAGUCCCAAACCACACGUUUCAAUUUCAGAGCAGCACAUUAAUAUAUUUGCAUAUUUAAAAAGUGUGUACUCGUGAUGAACUAGCAAUGUCAAUAUCUGAAUUGUCUUAGGCUGUUUAAAUUAAAUGGAAAUUAAUUGUGAAGUGUGGUUUCAGACAAGAUGUCUCAAGUGCAAUUGCAAGCCAUUGCAGAAAAAAGAAAUUUCAGGAGUUGUGUUUUUUUUUUUUUUUUU